AUAUAUAUAUCUGGUCAAAAUGCUUAACACCAGAUUUAUAUAAUAUCAAGUUUCAUUGGUUUGACUGUGCUGUUGCGUCCAAUAUAAUAUUUUCUUCGACUUCAGCAACAAUUGAUCACAGACGCACACCGAAGCUGUAUAUAUUUGGUCAAAACCUGAUACCGUUGGUCAAAUCCUGAUCACAGACGGAUGAACAGUCUCCAGGAAACAUGUCGAGCUGUCGAGAAGACAGCCACGUCGAAGAGGGGGUCUUCGAAGGCUGCUGCUGUUGUUGUGAGUCGACUAAUCUAUCUUUUUGGGCCAGCUAAUGGGAGAACAGGUCGUGUCGACCAAUGAUUGGAUGCAGGGUUAGGACUUGGGGCACGACUGCUACGGCUCAAAACGAGUGAGAUCGCGUGGAACGCGAGGCCCAUCAAGGGAGGCCCGCGGCCCAACCAAUCGACUGUCGAUCCUAAUGUAGGCGAGAGGGAGCAGUUGGGCUCCCGCCAAUCUCUCUUCACCUCUACUCCGCGCCCAACGUCCCCUCCCCUGUCCAACUCAUAUCCGCCCCUCCUGAAUCCCCUCUCACCGUCCGCAUCCACAGCCUCUCACCGCCCCGCCCUCUCCUCCUCCCUUUCCCCACCGCACACAUGCGACCUCCUCCUCUCCGUCCCUCGUAGGCCAUCUCCCCAUCUCCUCCUCCCUCCUCCACCGCCCCCUCCUCCUCAUCCUCGAUGGGGAACUGCUUCACCAAGAAGCCCGCCGACCCCGCCACGCCUACCGAUGCCGACACCCCCGCCCACGCGCCGGACCCGAGCCCGGCCCCGGAUGACGCCCCCGUCCAGACGGCACCCGUACCCACCGCCGCCUUCAGCCCGCCCCCUAAGCCGGCCGCUCCCAUCGGCCCCGUGCUCGGCCGGCCCAUGGAGGACGUCCGCACCACUUACUCCCUCGGGAAGGAGCUGGGGCGCGGCCAGUUCGGCGUCACCCAUCUUUGCACCCACAAGGCCACCGGGGACAAGUACGCCUGCAAGACCAUCGCGAAGCGUAAGCUCGCCAACAAGGAGGACAUCGAGGACGUCAGGAGGGAGGUCCAGAUCAUGUACCACCUGUCGGGGCAGCCCAACAUCGUGGAGCUGAAGGGGGCUUUCGAGGACAAGCAGUCGGUGCACCUCGUCAUGGAGCUGUGCGCGGGAGGGGAGCUGUUCGAUCGCAUCAUCGCCAGGGGCCACUACACGGAGCGGGCGGCCGCGUCGCUGCUGAGGACGAUCGUGCAGAUCGUCCACACCUGCCAUUCCAUGGGGGUGAUGCAUAGGGACCUCAAGCCCGAGAACUUCCUCUUGCUGAACAAGGAUGAGGAUGCGCCGCUCAAGGCCACCGACUUUGGGCUCUCUGUUUUCUUCAAGCAAGGUGAGGUAUUCAAAGACAUAGUUGGCAGUGCAUAUUACAUAGCACCUGAGGUCCUCAAGCGAAGAUAUGGGCCAGAAGCUGAUAUUUGGAGCAUAGGAGUGAUGCUUUACAUUUUUCUCUGUGGAGUUCCUCCAUUCUGGGCUGAGUCUGAGCAGGGGAUCUUCAAUACUAUUCUAAGGGGGCAGAUUGACUUUACAAGUGACCCAUGGCCUAACAUUUCACCUGGUGCUAAGGAUCUUGUGAGAAAGAUGCUGAACUUGGACCCCAGACAGAGGCUGACAGCAUUUGAAGUUCUCAACCAUCCAUGGAUCAAGGAAGAUGGAGAAGCACCUGACACACCACUUGACAAUGCUGUCCUCAACAGGCUGAAACAAUUUAGAGCAAUGAACCAGUUUAAGAAAGCUGCCCUAAGGGUAAUAGCAGGAUGUUUAUCAGAGGAAGAGAUCAAAGGGCUGAAGGAAAUGUUUAAGAAUAUGGACUCUGACAAUAGUGGAACUAUAACUCUCGAAGAACUAAAACAAGGUCUUUCCAAGCAAGGAACAAAGCUGUCGGAGUAUGAAGUCAAACAGCUGAUGGAAGCUGUGAGUUCUACAUGCACCCAAACAUCUAAUCUAAUACACUUAACACAGGCUGAUGCAGAUGGGAACGGAACUAUCGACUAUGAGGAAUUUAUUACAGCGACAAUGCACAUGAACAGAAUGGAUAGAGAAGAGCAUCUAUAUACAGCAUUUCAGUACUUUGAUAAGGACAACAGCGGUUAUAUCACAAAGGAAGAACUUGAGCAAGCUCUAAAAGAGAAAGGACUAUACGACGGCAAGGAAAUCAAGGAUAUAAUUGCUGAAGCUGAUGUUGACAAUGAUGGAAGAAUAAAUUAUGAUGAGUUUGCAGCUAUGAUGAGAAAAGGGAACCCUGAGACAAAUCCAAAGAAAAGAAGAGAUGUGUUCUAUUAAUCUGAGAAUGGAAAAGAGAAGUGAGAGGACCAGUGUUGUUUGAACUUGUCAAUGUACCCAAUACUUGGUAUGGUGGAGAAAUCAUGCACGAUGAGCAGAAGCUUUCUUUUUCUUUUCUUUGAGGGGUAUCGAGAAGAGCAGAAGAUAAUCAUGGCAAAAGGGAGAGAGAAAGCACUGAGAAGCUAUCUAGUGAACCUAUUCAUAAGUCUCAUGUACAAAUCUUGCUUGUGGGGAUAUGAGGUAGGUGGAGAAUAGAUCAUCUCAAUGGCAACUGACGGUGUAAACGUUUCUGAACUUCAUGACAGAGUUGGACAAUCUUAUGUCAACUAAUGCCUGUAAUACAUUUUAGCGAUACCGACUGAUUCAAAGAAAUUGCCACAGCAGAUAGGUUCCAAAGACCUUCCAGCAUCUCCAGACGGAUCUUCUAGGAAAAGCUCAAAGUCUCUUGAUCAUGGACGAUAUGAACUUGCAACUUUCUCAUUGUUUUCAUGCUUAGUUUGAACAAUAUGGAGAUUACUUUCCAACAUGGAGAAAAAAUUUUGAAGCUUUGUAAUAUUCUUUUGCAACCAUACCGGAUAACUUCUUUUGAGGGAAUAUUUGAGGGGAAAAAAUGCUCACCUAUGGUUCAUAAUUGAGUUCCAUGUUCUUAUAGUCUUGCCAUAUGUCGAUCAUCAGUCAGCAUUCUAAGUACUAUCAUGUAAAUAUUGUUUUUAAGGGGUAAAGUGAACUAGAUUGAAUAGCUGUUCUCAACUUUAUAAAUCCAUGUCGAGAACAAUCAUUCUUCCUCCCUAAAAUAGAAGGUUAAAAUCCUUUCCCAUCUAUAAAUCUUGUUCUAUCACUGCCAAGCUAUUAUUUCUUAGCAAAGAACACAGCCAGAUCUAUCAGAGAACUUAAAAAGAAUUUCUAUUCAUGAAUCUCAUAUUCUCUAACUGCAGAGAAACUAAUGCUUGGCACAUUAGUUAUAUAGAUGCACCUGAAAGAAACUACCUGCUCAGCAGAUAACCGUGUAUUCUUGCAUUUAAGUAAAGAACCAACAUAUCGGCAAACGAGAAGAAUGUUGGCAAAAGAGAUGCUAGAACAUGAAGUUAAGCCAUGAAGUUGUGCAUAUUUUGCCGAAGGUGGACGCAAUUGUAUUUGAUGUCCUUCACCCUGUA